UCGCAGACUGGAAUCCCUCCCGAAACAAUUAUUUCUUCACUCGUUGACGGUUUUUCCAAACAAUCACAUCUCCAUCCAUAAAUAUCAAGUCCCCUCGUGCCUAUCGGAAAGUUGUUUGACCAUAGAAUUUAGAACUCACGUAGUAAAAAUCCCGGUUUAAUAACGUGACUUCCUGUCAUAUCAGGAACAUAUUCCAUAACAGUAUUGCAUAGUUUGGGGGCAAUAAGUUACCUCCAAAAUGGUGGCCGAGUUGACAGGCAUUACAGUUCGGGUAGUUGGGGAGGACAAAACAUCACGAAAUAAAUCAAACCCAUUAAAUCGUAAUCGUAAUCUCAAGGUUUCAACAUUUGGCAGUAGCACACCUCAGUGGAUUAAAACAGCUAUUCGUGAACGCAGUUACAGUGUUAUCACCAGUUUGGAUAUCAGGAGUAGCUCCCUCCAGUGUGAACAAUUCGAAGAAAUUUCAAAAUUGAGUAGCAUUUUGGAAGAACCAAUUUACAGUGUCGUAAACAAAAAUCGGAAGUUCCAAAUGUCAUCGUUUCCAGGCCAAAGUACUGGCUCCAAUCCAACGGAUCAAAUUACUGAUCCAGAACUCUGGGUGAAUUCUGGUAAUUCUGGAGCUAGGGGUGUCAUUGGCACGAUUAGCAGCAAUUAUCACACGAAAAUUUCUAAGGAACAAAGUGACGUUAAUGAAUGUUUCGUAAAUGAGGAACUUGAUAUGCUGUCAACAGCAGUUGAUUCGGUGAAUGAUGAGGGAACACUUGGGAGAAAUUGGAAUGACUUCAGUAGUGUUGGUCAGGACGAGAAGAUAAUCGAUCCUCAGGUACAGCAGAGAGCCAGAUGGAGGAUUAUGACUGAGGAACACCAGUGUGAUUUUGAAAACGCGAAGAUGAGGUCGGAUAAAUCGAAAAUUUCUGGUCCAGAUGGAGAGAUCUAUGAAGGGUCACCUCCAAAGUACUGCGCGAAGAGUGAGGGCGAUUGUUAUGGUAGCAAUGCAAAUAGUGAAAUACAUGAUAAAGAUAGCCUGAACGAGACGGGAAGUAUAACUGGCGGGCCAGUGGAGGGAAAUCGCUCUCGGAACGUCGUAAAUAAUAGAAGUAAGCGAGCAGGAGGAUCUGCUGAGCCGCCUCUGGCGAUACCUGGUGGCAAACCAAUUUCUACAACAGCACCUCCCAGAUCUCUCCUCUCAAGAAUUCUCGCCCGAACGAGAUCUCCUGAUCACGAUCUUUUAGAUCAAUCCGAGCCAUUUUCACAACUAUGGAUUGUCUUAUCAAAUGUUUACGGAGAAUUGAUCAUCGUCUUGAUGGUCGCCCUGUGCCUCGUAGAAGUUAUCGACACUCCAAUUCCCCUAUUAAGCCUACAGAGUAUUUUUUUAAUGUAUCUCUACGUUGGAAGUAUCGUGGUGAUCAUGAGUAUCUAUCUUUGGGUCCUCGUCGACAGUUGCGGAAGUUUGGCGAACUGCACCGAUGACGCUGAACUUGGUACUGCGUCACUCACGAGAUUUGGCUCCCUCAAGAGAGCCCACAUAUCGCGCUCCAAAACAGCGACCACGAGUUUCUACAUUCGCGUCGGUGCACUACUCUUCGGUCUCGCCACUUUGGUUUUCAACGGCUUAGAAAUGGCAAUGCACUCGAUGAUGCAGGGAGUCGAGUGCCUCAACGAUGUUGUUUUUGUACAUCCAGUACUUCAUGGACUUUUCACGUUCCUACAGAUGCAUUUUUUAUUCGUCAAUUCACAGGUUUUGGUCGAACGCUUUGGAUUGGUCGCUCGAUUUGGUUUUAUUCAUCUGGCAGCGACAAAUAUCGCUGUUUGGGCAAGACUAGUCAUCUGGAACUCUGCACAGGAGUGGACGUAUUUCGUUCACUUAGCACAAAAAGGCUCAGAGAAUACCUCAUCACCGUUUAAUCUACGGACUUUCUCUGGUUCAUUGACUCGGCAUGUUCGUGAUAAUUUUAAACGACAAAUAUCCGCUGAAAAUCACUUUUCCCCUCUGCGCUCUUACUACCAGCCCAUUUCCGACGAACAAAUCUCCCAAGUUGUCACCCUCCAAGACUGCCUCAACGCCAACACCCUCGGCCAGCUGUGGAUCUCCAGCAUGCCCUUUCUCUACCCCUUCAUCGUUCAGUUCAGUCUCAUAGCAGCAGCGGUGACCUUCGUAAUGGGUCAGAACGUGGGGAAGAGCCGAUACAGCCACAAACCGCAAAAAUUUCACGGCAUCAAAGAUGUAGCGAGUCACACGAGGAUAGGUUGUGAUAGUUCUUCAAAGGGCCUUUUUCUUGGCAUCCUCAGCAUGACCGCUGGGAUUGUGGUCAUCCUCAUCUUCCUCGUAGUGAGAGAGGAUGACAAUUUUCCACCUGCGACCCUCUCCUGGUUAACCACUGGCACUUUAAUUGGAAUUCUUGCGUUGAGUGGAAUGAUGACAGCAAGUGGACUUGUCCAGGUCAGGCAAAUGUCCAUAGUCUCCAGGACUCCACCGUCACAUGACAACAUAUUGUCCAAUCUUUCUUUAUUUGGUGUUCAACUUUAUUGUGUGUUUACAAUCGUCGUUUGCUGCUGUGCCCUAGUCAGCAGAAAAAUGGAAGAUCAAAUUGAUGGCGAUACUAGAAGCAGAUACGUCAUGCUGUUGACUGCUUCGGUCCUCCAAUUGGUCCAGUGCUUUGCACAGAGCACACUUAUUGCUGAGGCGUCAAGAAGAUCCUGCAUCACGCGGUAUCAAAUGAUGACUAAACCGUCGAGACAAGUCAUCACGUUCUUGCUGUUUAGUAAUGCUGUCCUCUGGGCAUUUGAUACUGUCAUUACGCAAAAUUGGAUAACGCAGGAGCUGCAGUUGAGAUUCUUCGGAGUGCUGGCAUGGGGCGUUGUAUCGAGAAUGUGUCUGCCGUUGCUCAUAUUUUACAGGUUUCAUAGUUGUGUGCUGUUGCUGGAGGCGUGGAGCAAAUGUUAUAGGACGCCUAGGGGACAUCUUACCAUUAACUGACGUCACGCGAUACCCACAAACAUUGAGUGUAGGAAACAUACACGAUCACCCGAUCACCAUCAUCACCAGAGAGCCAAGCGACCGAGAACUCAUCCCCGUACCAUCACCCAGGAUCAUGAUGUCGAUGGACAACCAAAUUACCUUAUUUAUAAUUCUGACCACGAUCAGGUGUAUUACCUUCGUCGUCCCUUCGACACCGCAAGUUGGUUAUACUUCAGCACCGAUCCAGUCAUAACAUUCAUCACUCCCCUCCUGGAGACAUCAUCUGGUCAUCACUCGCACCAACAUGGUCAUUGCGAUUAUCACCGGAGAGGCAUUAAUUUCGAUAAUGCCAUUGUUAAUCAGCACCUUGAAGACACUAUGGACAACGAAAUUGGGGGUCUUGAAGAGACCGAACCAAGGACAUCGACAUUUAGAAAAGUGCCAUGGCACCCGAACCUUCACAUGCUUAAAAUAAGACAAACUUGACUUUAUUAUUUGCUAGUAAUCAGCUUAAAUCCUUUAUUUAUAAUUUUAUGAUUCCCAUUUUCUCUAAGGAUAACCUUUUUCUCUAAGAACAUGCUAAAAACGCAGAGAAAGAUGUAGGAAAUGCUUUUCUCCACUUCGUAUUAUUUUAUUUAUGAAGAAGUUGUGUGCAAGAACUGCAAAUCCAAGAUAAAAAAAUGCAGCUAAAGUCACCCAACUUCUCAAAAAUGUAGGACAUGUGAUUAGAAUUUUUUAAAUAAAAAAAUGAGUCGGCUGAGA